CCAAUUUUUUGAAGCAAACAAAAAUUUGUUUCUUCCGGAGCACACGGACGAUAUUCGCGCUCUGCAGACGCUCGGGCUUCCUGAGCAUGUUCAGGAUAAUAAUAUAGCUAAACUAUACCUCGACAACAAAUACCGGCUCACUUUGAGCAACCCCGCUUUCUCCAAUCUCAUGCAGUUUCUUGAAACUAAGCAUAAGGAGGGUGGAACAGUUAUGUCGGCUCUGUUGAGCAGUUAUUGUACCAUCAUUACAAGAGAUCGUGCUUCUGAUGACCGGUUCAGUUUUGGCGCAAUGCUUGCCAGAGGCAAAGACUCAGCUGGCGUACCCGCUGAAGAUGAGGGAAUUCCAGGUCACCACCCUGGCUCCGCUUAUACUGGUGAUAAUCCUGGAAUAGCUGGGGCCCUUCCUCGACUCAAACUAGGACAGUUGCCCCCAGAGGCCACACUAGAAGGGGAUGUUCGCGGGGAGUUAGAGGAGGAAGACUCUAAGGAAGAUCUUGGACCUGGAAAAGUAACCCUUGUCCAGCAUUUUGACCAAAUGAUUAAGAAAGAAGAAGAUCUUGAUGCUCCUUCUCGCUCGGAAAUCCCAUACCCUCCUUCGACUGCACGUGAUGUGGCUAUGGAAGUUCAAAAAGUGAAAGAAAAUCGUGACAGGUUUAAGAUCGAAGGGCGAAGUGGAGGUGUUGCUCCUGGAGUUAGUGUUUGCAUGUUUACUUUCCACAAUGCAAACCAAGGAAUUACUUGCAUGGAUUUUUCUGGAGACAACGCUCUUGUAGCUGUUGGUAUGCAAGACUCUUACAUUCGCGUUUGGAGCCUGGAUGGGCUCCCAAUUCCUCCCACAUACCCAGAUCCGGACGAUUCCACCCCAAAAAAUUCUCACAGGUUGUAUGGCCAUUCUGGCCCAGUUUAUGCGGUGUCAUUUGCUCCGUCCAUAGCAAGUCCAGACGAUGCAGAGGUGAAAACCAAUGCUCGUUGGCUUCUUUCCUCAUCCGCGGACCAAACUAUCCGUCUUUGGUCCCUUGAUCUUUGGAGGUGUAUUGUUGUGUACAAAGGCCAUGCUGGACCUGUCUGGAGCCUGUCAUGGGGGCCAUUCGGGCAUUAUUUCGUCUCUGGUGGUCACGACAAAACUGCAAGGCUCUGGGUUACCAACAAGAUCCGACAGCAACGUAUCUUUGUUGGACACGACCAAGAUGUUGAUUGCGUAUGCUUCCACCCAAAUUCUGCCUACGUAUUCACUGCGAGCUCUGACCACACCGUUCGCAUGUGGUCUGUGAGCACGGGGAAUGCUGUUCGUAUGUUUACCGGCCACACUGGGAACAUCACUGCCGUAUGCUGCAGCAACGAUGGACGACUUCUUGCUUCUGCUGAUGACCAUGGGACUAUCAUUCUCUGGGAUCUUGCCCCUGGAAAACUUCUUAAACGCAUGCGUGGCCACGGAAAGGGUGGUAUCUGGGCUUUGUCUUGGAGUGCCGAAUCUAACGUCCUUGUUUCCGGCGGCGCAGACGGCACAGUCCGUGUUUGGGAUGUCGCAGGACCCCCGAGUGAAGCUUCCACCGGGCAAAGUCGCGUACUCACAGAGUCGGGAGGUGGAACCAAGAUCGAUGCUUCAAGUUCGACAAACGCAGCACCUAGUCAAUCAGCAACGGCAGCAGCAUCUGUGGCCGGAGCUCCAAAGUCAGGCACAGCCAAGGGAAGUUCUGCUAAGAAGAAGAAAGGAAAGGAUGCAGUUGUUACUGCAGAUCAGAUCAGCGCAUUCCCAACUAAGAAAACUCCAGUUUUCAAUGUCACGUUCACCAGAAUGAAUCUAGUGAUUGCUGGGGGAGCAUAUACUCCCUGAAACGACAUUUACCGCUGACAAUAUCCUACUAUUUCUAAGGUGUUAUGGGGCAGUGUUGUGAUUUCAAUGCCGGCGUUCAGGUAGAGCAAGGAAAUCAAAGCAAGGGUGCUGGCAUUAGUUGCGGUUAGGUCCACUGGCAGAAUUAGUUAAUUUCCAUAUGUUGAUUGUCUUUCCUAUGCUGAUACAGGAUGGAGGCAAGUUUAAGCCGAUUAAUGCAAUAUGAUUCAUAAGAUGAGUUGGUAACAACCUCCUAUAAAACAUCUCGUAUCUUCCAAUAAAUUAUUAAGCAUCACUUCAUAUACCAUCGACAAUAAGAAUGCAAAAUUUCUCCGCUAUGUAAGCAAAUAGUAGCAGGGCGCUUUUAAUAGCGUUCGGCUGAAUAUUUCAUUUUUUAAGCCCCCAUUUUUGCGCACUAUCCUUGGAAGCUAACAUGUCGCUGACUUUAGGAGGAAGAACAAGAGCACUUCUGUCAUUGCGUUUAUAAAAGUCGACUAAUAUCUGUGCGGUUUUAACAGGCUGAUCUUCAUGGAUAAAAUGGCCGGUCUCCGGGAAAACUUGGAGUUGAUAUU